AGACUGCCCACUGCAGUGCUUACUUGAAAAGUAAAAAUGCCAAAACGGAAGGCGUUAGAGGUAGAGGAAGAGGAAGAGAGGUACUUUUUGAAUCCAGGUUCAGUGAGUCACCAUCUUUACUGCUCCAUUUGUCAGGACGUUUUUAACGACCCCCAAAGGGCACCCUGUGGACACAGUUUCUGUAGAAAGUGCAUUACACCCUGGUUGAAGAGUAACAAGACUUGCCCAGAGGAUAGGAAGCCUGUUCACCUACAACAGAUUCACCAUGACUUCAUUCUGGAGAACAUCAUUGGUGAUCAGAUGGUAGCCUGCCCAUUUCGGAGAGCUGGCUGUGAGUUUGUGGGGCAAUUACAGCUGCUCAAGUCCCACAAACGUGCCUGUGACUUUAAUCCUGUUAACCUCCCCAGUUUUCUGAAGGAAGAGGACAGCACACUCAAACAAACCACUGUUUCAGCGGACUUGGAAGAAGAUAGUGCGUUCAUUGACCCUGACAAGGUGCCAUCCCCUGUAAAGCCCUCUUUGAAGAUGCGCCUGUUCCGGGCCGGAGAAACAAAGAAAAGACUACUCUCAUCCAUGUUUGACAAGGAAAACUCAGCUUCCUGACACCCACUCUCUUACACUGUGAUAUCUUCUGACAUUUCUUUGAACAUUUAUUUAAUGUGCAAUGACCUAGUGUGUUUAACUGACCUGUUUAAAUUAAGAUCAAUUUACCUUUCAACUUGCCCCUUGACCUUGUGAACACAAAGUCAACAAUAAUGUGGUUUGACUGUUUUCAAACUAUUUAGCCUAUCUUUAAAAGAUGGACCAUAGGGAUGAAGCUCAGCAUGGACAAUGGAGCACCUAAAGAUUUUGUUGAAGUGCACAUCAAGGAGAAACUGAGUGUUACUCAGGGAACUCUUUCUAUGAUAACCAAUGUAAUGAAAUGUGCACCCAUACUCAUGAAAUUUGAUAGGAACUGAAUGGAAAUAUAGACUAAGUGGUACAGGAGAUUUAGUGCCAGGGGUUUGGGUAGACAUUCUACCUCACAUAUUUAUAAAUAUGAAUUGACUGGAAGUUGGGCUCUCUGAUUCUAUUGACAUUCUUGCAACUCUUUAUGUUUAUGUACCAUAAUUAUCUUGUAUGUAGUAAAAUAUUAUUGCACAGUCA